AUGUAUUUUAACGCCCUGCAAGCUCCAGCGUUGACUCCGUCGGCUCAACCCAGCUCGAGCGAACAAUACCUCUCUCAGGCGCUGCAGCUCCAACUCUCGUUGGUCGAUGACAGUCCGCGAGAAGCGGACGACGUCUCGGUUGUCUUCGAGGUUCGUGCCAAGGCAGAGAAAUAUGAUCCGAACCGCGACGACGACGUCGUUUACAGGGACUUUACUCCAUGGAGACUACAGGGUGUUGGGCCCUUGCGUCUGUUUAAGCACAACAGGACCGGUGAGGUGCGUAUUCAGAUGCAUUGUGAACCUCGGGGCAUUCUUAUGCUGCACCAGCGUUUGCUCUCUGAGUAUACUUACAAGGCAGAACCAUAUGGGCCCAGGUCCAUCAUGUCCGUCGCGAUAACGGCUGCAGCGGAUGACGGCGAGAAUUGGGAGACCUGGAGGAUCACUACAAGGGGGUCUGGGCCGGCUUUGGCCAACGCGCUGGAAGAGCAUAAGAUGGCGAAUGCGGCCAAGGAUGAAUAA